AUGAAUUGGGAAGAAGAAGAAACACUCUCGCCGCUGCAGAAGGCACUGGCGCCUGGGGGUUGGUUUGGGGAUUGGAGUUUUUCGGGAUUUGGGGUGUACGUACAGCUGUGGGGCGCGGAAUGUUUGAGUCAUGUGGGGCCCUUUCUGCUGCCAGCUCUCCUCGAAUGCAGCAUUGACCCGUGUCCUGUACAGCAGCUGCAGCAGCAGCAGCAGCAGCAGCAGCAGGGAGGGGCGAUGCUGCUGCAGGAAGAGCAGACAGAAGCAAUAGCAGCACUGGAGGCUUUAACGCGUCUUCGUACGGCAAGGCGUCGCUUCAUAGAGCUGCAGGAAGCAGCUCAUAUCGAUAGUUCAGCUGCUGCAGCUGCUGCUGCUGCUGGAGUUGCUGCUGCUAGCCAUGGUGCAGCGGGAAAUAGGCUGCUGCGGCUGCUGCUGAGCGAAGUUGUUGCACACACAGAAGGGACAUCUGCAGCAGCAGCAGCAGCAGCAACAACAACAACAGAAAUGGCAGCUCAACCGCAGCAGCAGGGGCCGCAGCAGCUAAAGAAGGAGAAGGAGGAGGAGCAGCAGCAGCAACAGCAACAACAGCAGCAAGAGCAGCAGCAGCAUCAAGAGCAGCAGCAACAGCAGCAGCAAGCUGUUGCUCGUUACAGCGCAGCCCAGUGGAAUGCGUUGCUGUGCCUCGUCUUCCGCAUGCUGGAGAUAAUCCCUCCAGAGGAGCGUCAGGUGGCGUACUCGGAGCUGUCUCUGCUUGUCUCCUCUAACUCUUCUCUGUGGGGCCGCAGGUCUCUGCUGGCGGAGCGUCGGGCGCUGUUGCUGCUGCGGCUGCUGCAGGAACUGGCUGCAUUGAGGGAGCAGCAACAACAACAACAACAGCAGCAGCAGCAACAGCAGCAACAGCAGCAGCAAGAAGAAAAAGGAGAGAAGGUUGCACCUGUCUUGGAGUACCUGACUGACCCCACUACGGUGUACAAGGACAAAGGCUUCUUGGCGAGCAUCGGGGCAUUACCUGGGCGUCUAUGGGACGGGGAGGUUGGCGACUUAAAGGCAAAGGCGCUGCUGCUGCUGCUCCGAUCAGCAACACCAGAAGAAGCUGCUGCUUAUCUCUGUUUUAUCUCCGCGCAUGCAGAGCUCAAGUCCUUCCUGGUGUCUCGCGGGGGCCCCCCUGGGGGGCCCCCCAUGGGGGCCCCCCCUUAUGGGGGCCCCCGCAUUACCCCGCCUUUAAAGGUGAAGGAGAGACUGCAAGCAGCUGUCUCCUCAGCAGGAAUUCUUCUUGGGGCUGUUGCAUGCAGCGUCUUGUGGCGAAUGGAGACAGCAGAAGCCUCUGUUGCGCUGCUUCCUCAAGUUGGGCUGACGGCGUUGAGGGGCUUGAGGGGCCUUUGCAUAUUGCAAGCAGUUUAUUAUGGAGAGGAGCGACUAAUAGAAACCCCGCAGUACUGGGGAGACAGCACUUUUCAGGUAUAA